CCAAGCGCUCAGGGAUCGUUCAAGCCAGCCGCAGAAGAGCCUGGGAGGACAGGGGGAAACACCUCCCCCGGGCCCGGGAAGCGACGGCCGCUGCAGAGCUCCAGGGGCAGAACCUUCGGAUAAAGCAGGGCGACCCACCCUCGCAUGGCUGUUCUUGCAGUCCAGGAGCAGCACCAGGACCAGGGUGGCCCACGGGUUCAACACUCCUCCGCUCCUCGGGCCUUGCGCUCCCGCGCGCCCCCAGCGCCAGCGCGUAGCCUCGCAACCGGAGACCAGCCUGGCUGCUUCCCAUGGGCUCCUGGCCCUGAGGCGCGGCCCCGACGAACGUUCUGUCCGCUCAGUGCCUCUCUCCCACCUGGACCGUGCCACAGUGACGCUGCUGCCGCGCGCUUCACACCCGUUUAACACAAGGAAGAAAGCGCGCGACGGGCUCGAAUGCUCCACGGAGCGCGCGCUCCCUGUGUGACAACCGUUGCGAUAGUGACCUAACGAAGCCCUAACCGCCGCCGCAACUCUACCCGGGUCUUCCUGUGUUCCCCCGGAGCUUGUGCGCGGGCAGUCGGCCGCGGCCUGGACCCGCCCCGAUGGCGGCGGAGGGAGAGGCGGACGUGGAGUGGGUGGUAGACAGCAUCGCCGGCUUUCUGCGCGGGCCCGCCUGGUCCAUCCCCAUCCUGGAGUUCCUGGAGCAGAAAUGCGCAGUUUUUGAUGAUGAAGAAGAAAGCAAGUUGUCCUAUACAGAGAUUCAUCAGGAGUACAAAGCUCUGGUUGAAAAACUGCUAGAAGGUUAUCUUAAGGAAAUUGGAAUUAAUGAAGAGACAUUUCAAGAAGCGUGUUCAUCUCCUCUUGCGAAGUCACAUACUUCACAGGCCAUUUUGCAACCAGUGUUGGCAGCAGAAGAUUUUAGAUUAUUUAAAGAAAUGAUGGUACAGAAAAAUAUUGAAAUGCAGUUGCAAGCCAUUAGAAUCAUUCAAGAAAGAAAUGGUGUGCUACCUGACUGUUUGACAGAUGGUUCUGAUGUGUUCACUGAAAUUGAACAACAAGAAAUGAAAAUACUCAGAGAGGUUCUUAGGAAGUCUAAGGAAGAGUAUGAAAUGGAGCAAGAAAGGAAAAGGUCUAAAGAGACGCAUGAUAAAUUGAAGUCAUCAGAUGUUACAUACAGCUGUCCCGGAUAUUCAAGAGAAGCAAAAGUUAAGGAAUCCACUGAGGAUAUUGAGAGAGUUGAUGAUUGUGAAGAAAUUGCAAAAUUAUCAUUAGAAGAAACAAACAAAUCUACUAAGGAAGAUUUAAGGCCCGUGCAUCCUCUACUAAGAGUGAUAGAACCUCCUCCGCAGUCUUCUGAACCUACUAAAGUGAAAGAAGAAAUUAAGAAAAAGGGAACUGGAAAUUGUUCAGAGAAUGCAACAAGAGAAGCUGGGCCUGAGGGAUUUAAUUUAUCAGAGCUUGAACCGCACCACCUCAGACAACGAGAAGACUAUUUAAAACAGAAGCGAGAUACAUUGAUGGCUAUGAAGGAGUCAAGAAAUAAUCUACCAACACCAAAUAUAGAUCAGAAAGAAGAGGCAUUAUCUUCUAAAGAGGAAAUGUCAGAAGAGGAGAAGCAAAGACUACUGCUAAAGAGGAGAAUGCUUGCAGCAAAACUUAAAGAAGAAGUUAUUAACAAGCGCUAAGUUUCAAGAAUCUCAUUGUAAAAAUACUUGUGGACAAGAAUUGAAUCUCUUUUAGAAUAAAUUAUUUAACCAUAAA